CCCCGCCAAUCCCCCCUCCAUCCGCAUCACUGGAACCGGUUCCGACCUCUCAACCCUUCGCCGCACCGCCCACCGCCUCCACUCCUUUGCUUCCUCCCUCCAACUCCCCUUCCAAUUCCACCCACUUCUCGUUCCCCCUUCCUCCCAACCAUCAUCCACAAACGCCUUCCAUCUUUGUCCCGGUGAGACCCUCGCGGUCAACUGCGUCCUCUUCCUCCACAACCUUCUCAAAUCAGAUGGCUUUCGUGACGCUCAUUCUUUUCUACGAUCAGUCCGUGCUCUCAACCCCGUCGUAGUCACGCUCGCUGAGCAUGAAGCCGGCCAUAGCUCCCCAUCAUUCAAAGACCGAUUUACAAAAGCGCUGGAGCAUUACACAGCUGUGUUCGAGUCAUUGGAGGCCACUCUACCGCCGACAAGCAGGGAGAGGAUGGCAGUAGAGCGGGUAUGGUUUGGGAGGGAGAUUGCAGGUGUUGUAUCUGGUGACGAGAAGCACGAAAGGUUCGAAAGGUGGGAGGAGAUGAUGAGGGCUGCUGGUUUUGCUGGGGUUAAUCUGAGCUCCUUUGCUAUAUCGCAGGCAAGGUUAUUGCUUAGACUUCAUUAUCCAGCAGAAGGAUAUAAACUUCAGGUGGUGAGGGGCUCUUGCUUCCUUGGUUGGCAAAACAAGCCACUCUUCUCGGUUUCUUCUUGGCACUGCAAUUAAAUUGGAUGCGAAUGUUAUUAGUUAUUUUGCAUUCUAAUUAAACUUACUUGUUUCUUAAGGUUUAAUGAUAAUAAUACCCCUAACCCUAACCCUAACCCUAACCCUAGGUUUAGGGUUGAGGGAAUUUUGGUGGUGGUGGACGUUGCA